AACCAAGUUUGAUUCGAGCGACCCAAGAACGUCAAGAGUUAUGACAGUGCGCGAUUUGCCAGUGUCGAUAGAAAGGAAGAGUAUCAAUGUUAUGAAAUGUGGUUGCGGGGAAUAGUGACGUAUUUGGGGUGGUGAAAUCUGUAACAAUGCGAUCCAAUCACGGUUUAACUAUACCGUUCACUUGUCGAUGGAAGAUGAAAUCCUAUUCUGAGCAAGAAACAAGUUGCUUCAACACGGACGAAUCGCGCAGUUGACGCGCUCGUCGGUGCGAGUCAAAGAGGUUAUCGUGGUUUAAGCGAGCUGGAGUGGACCGGAGCGUGAAUGUGUUGCAAGAGGCGAGCACGUUGCCGUCGUCGUCGUCGUCGUGGUCGUCGUCGCCGUCGCCGCCGUCGUACUAUGAAAACGACAGUGAUGCUCGAUCAGGCCGCGUCACUCGACGUAGGACAAAGAUUCCCGUGAUGUGUCCGCACGAGGUUAUCCGGUCAAGGCAAGAAGUAGUGGAAAGAAAGCAGGGCAAAAAGAAGGAAGGAGGUGCCGCCGGUUUGAAUACGCCGGCAUGUUAGAUUGCGGUGGCAUAAAGCCCUCGCUCUCUUGCUCCUUGGAAAAUGAACUCCAUGUUAUAUACUCUUUAUGGGUUCGCAAUAUUUUUCAUGAUAUUCUGGUCAGGUAUGUGGAUGGUUCACUUGCUGGCAUUGAUUGCUGGUCGUUGGAAGUUGCAUCGGAAGAUGAAUCAGGCGCCGAGCUACGAGACACCGCUGCCAGGGGUAUCUGUGAUAAAACCCCUGAUGGGGGUUGACCCAAAUCUAUUCGGUAACCUCGAGACCUUUUUCACCAUGGAGUAUCCCCGAUAUGAGCUCCUGUUUUGUGUCGAGGAUGAUUCCGAUCCCGUGCUGAUGCUGGUGCACAAGCUCGUCGAGAAGUAUCCGGAAGUCGAGGCCACGCUCUUCGUCGGUGGUUGUAAAGUAGGGGUGAAUCCAAAGAUCAACAACAUGCAGCCGGCGUACGAAGCCGCUAAGUACGAACUCGUGCUGAUCAGCGACAGUGGCAUACGCAUGAAGGAGGACACUCUACUAGAUAUGGUCUAUCAUAUGACGGAUAAAGUGGCUUUGGUUCAUCAGAUGCCGUUUACCUGUGACCGCGAAGGUUUCGCUGCCGCAUACGAAAAGAUCUUCUUCGGUACGGUGCAGUCACGGAUGUACCUGGCUGCGGAUAUGCUCAGGAUAAACUGUCAUACCGGUAUGUCAGCACUCCUGAAAAAAUUCACAUUGGACGAGGUCGGUGGUCUAAAAGCAUUCGGCAUUUAUCUGGCAGAGGAUUUUUUUUAUGCGAAAUCAUUGACUGACCGCGGCUGGCGCAUCACAGUCUCCUCGCAGCCGGCGCUACAGAACAGUGGCCACUGUGCGGUUGAUUCCUUCCAAGCGCGACUACGACGAUGGGCUAAAUUGAGGGUAGCAAUGCUGCCUACCACCAUUGUUCUCGAACCGUUGAGUGAAUGCCUCGUUCUAGGUGGGUUCGCUUCCUGGGCGGCCAGCGUCUUGUUCGAGUGGGAUUCUUUAGUUUUUUAUUUGGUACACAUACUUUUGUGGUUUAUGUUCGAUUGGACGUUACUGUGUGUAGUGCAAAACGGUCCGCUGCCUUUUAACAAACUUGAGUUUGUGUGUGGUUGGUUGCUCAGCGAAAUCACGAGACCGUACCUUUUCCUUCAGGCUGUCUUGGAUCCUCUCAUACAGUGGCGUUCACGUGUUUACAAGCUCAAAUGGGGUGGCGUCGCUGAGGAAGUUAAGGCGAAAGUCAAAUAUUAAAAAUUCAUGCGUGAGUGUAUACGUACAUGCG